GCCGCCUUGGGGGUUGGGUCGUUGGGGUGUUUUUCUGCCUUUUUCCAGGGCGUCUUUUUCAUUCGGCGUCCGCUUGGGGGUCCCCGAGCGUCUGUGGUGCGUUUUGGGCCCCCUCAGUAGCGCUCUUCCGUGUUUAUAGCUCUGUCGCCUCGCUGUGGCCGGGAGCUUGGGAAACUAACGACGCAUUCGGGGUGGGCUGAAGGAAGCUGUUCAAGCCCCCCGCCUCCGUUUUCUGGGCGCUGCUGCGAAACGUGAGGCCAUCAAUUGAAACACAAGCUCGGCGAAUUACUCAAGAAAGACAGGCAAUCCAGGGUUUCUUCUAAGGCCAGAAGAAGAAAGGACCCACCCACUCUAAAGAAAUAGAAAAUUGGAGAAACUGGGAAAAAGCUUUAGCUUAUUUCUUUCCAGGGCUGAAUGAUACUCCAGUGUAUGAGGUAUGAAUAAUGUGAACAGUGCCCCAGUGAGCAUGGGAAUGCAGAUAUUUCUUUGAGAUUAAAUGCGUUUAUGGAAAAAGAACAACUGGAUGGUAAGACAAUAGUAGAAUAUUGUCACACUGCAAUGGAUUCCUCAGCAGAAAACAGUAUGUAUGUAAACAAAGUGUGGGUUCAGUGUGAGAAUGAAAGCUGUUUGAAAUGGAGAUCGUUGUCAAGUGAGGAUGCAGCCAAGGUUGAUCACAAUAAACCAUGGUACUGCUUCAUGAACACUGAUUCAAGAUACAAUAAGUGCUCUAUUUCUGAAGAAGACUUUCCUGAAGAGGCUGAGCUUCAUGAAAGUGGAUUUAAGAUUGUCUAUUCACAGCUCCCUCUUGGAAGCCUGGUUUUGGUAAAAUUACAGAAUUGGCCAAGUUGGCCGGGGAUACUUCGCCCAGAUCCUUUUAAAGGGAAAUACGUGAUCUACGACCUGGAUGGAAAUGUUGAACAAUAUCACAUAGAAUUCCUGGGUGAUCCCCAUUCAAGAUCAUGGAUUAAUGCAACAUUUGUUGGACAUUAUAGUAUCACAUUAAAGCCAGAAAAAUGUAAGAAAAAAAAGAAAUGGUAUAAAAGUGCACUACAAGAAGCCUACCUCCUCUAUGGAUAUUCUCAUGAGCAAAGACUGGAAAUGUGCCGCCUAUCCAAACAGGAUAAAUCCAAGGCAGAUGGCAAAGUUGCUGUGGUAGCCAAGAAAAGGAUGCAAGUUUCCAAAAACACUACUGAAAAGAAGAAGCCCAAAUUUAGAAGAAGGAAAAGGAAAGCUAUUUUUAAAUGCUCUUUUGAAAAUGUUUGUUCAGAUGAUGCCUUAUCAAAGGAAAACAUGGUUGUCUGUGAGACAGAGGUUAUGCUGAAAGAGCUGGAGCAAAUGCUGCAACAGGCGCUGGAGCCCGCCACGGCCCCUGAUGAGUCCGAAGAGGAGCGGGAAGAGGAGUUAUCUAAAUGCAACCCUGGAGUUCCAGCAGGCAGUCCAUUUGAAAACCACUAUGAAGAGGACUAUCUUGUAAUUGAUGGGAUAAAAUUAAAAGCUGGAGAAUGUAUUGAAAAUAUAACAAACAAAUUUAAAGAAAUAGAUGCUCUAAUGUCUGAAUUUUAGGGUAUUAUAAAUAUUUUCAAAAGUUAAUUAUAAGAACACUUACAUGUUUCUAUUUUCCCGAAGUCAAAAACUUGAAAAUAGGGAAAUAGGUAUAUGUUAUACCAAAGCUGAUAUUUAUAAUAACUUUCUAUUUUAUACUUUGAGAAUAGCCAUUGUUUUGAGAACCAAUCAAAUGGUACUUAAGUUAGUGUUAAAAAUUUAGGAUUUAAGAAGCCCUGAUAUUUGUAUUUGUAGCUUUUUUUCUUGUUUGCCUGAAUUUUAAAAUGGUUUAUAAACUUACUGCACAAACACAUGCUUUUUACAAUGAUUAUUUAGGCCCUUUAUUCAAAUGUGGCUAUUUAGAUGGCUCUCAAGGCUAUUAUAAUUCAU